AUUCCCAAAAAUGCACAAUAUAUGUAAUAAUAGUUGCAGUGUACACUGUGAAAUGAAUAGCCCUUUGAGAUUAUAAUAAUUUUAUUCAGUUUUAUUCACUCAUAUAAUUAAGAUAAACAAGUAAUUAACAAGAAGUAUAAAAGGACAUUAAAAUUUCAAAAUGAUGGCAGUCAUAUUUUGGACAUUUCCGCUGUUGCGCUAGUAACGAUGAAACUUGAACAGGAUAAAAAUUCAACAAAUACAAAUUUGGACAUUCCAAACACAAAUUUAAAUUCACCAACUAUAAGUGAUAUUUCUAGUAGUGUUAUAAUUAAAACUAAUUUAAUAUAUGGAAAUCGGAAAACCGCUUAUAAGUCUGUUAUAAGAGAAUAUUCCAAGAAGACUAGCGUACAUGGUUUGAAGUAUAUUUUUGAAAUACAUCGACCAUUUUAUGAAAAAUUAUUUUGGCUUAUUUUCCUCUUAAUAUCUCUAUUUUUUGCGGGGAAAUAUACGUGGAAAACUUAUGUAAAAUGGUUAGAUUCUCCAACGGUUUUGGGAUUCGAUGAAACUCUAGUGAAAAUUCAUAAAAUACCAUUUCCAACUGUAACCAUUUGUCCGGAAAACAAACGAGAUGCGUUCAAAUUCGAUUUUAGCUAUGUGUCAAAUAUGUUUUGGUCUGAAAUGGAAAAUUUAAAUGAAUUUCAUAAUGAAACGUCAUAUUUUAGAGAACAUUAUUUGGAAAAGUUUCUGACUACAUUGCAAACAUGUGACCUAGAAGUUAUUAAUAAAUUCUAUCCUUAUGUACCAAAAAACCUAACAGUAGAUAUAGUACAAAAUCUACUAAAUAUAGCCUCCGGUACAUAUAAUAUAAUACGAUGGAAAGGAAUAGUUUAUUACGAUUGUCUUAAAAGGGUACUUACCGAUGAGGGAGUAUGCUAUCAAUUUAAUGGUUUACAACAUCAAGAUAUUUACAAAAAUCCCGAUUACAUGAGCUAUAAAAAUGAUGAAUCAUAUUGUUAUUUAAAUAAAAAACGAAAUUUAUCAUUUGAUGAGUAUUAUCAAAGUCAAGGUUUUAGUACAUAUCUGGAAAGAUCCACUUUAUCAUCGGCACGUUAUGGUUUUCGUGUACUUUUAGAUUCUGAUACGGACGAUAAUGACUAUGAGUGUACAAGAUUUAAACAAGGUUUUAAGCUAUUUAUAAACUCUCCCGAUAGUAUACCAUUAACGAUGGGAAACUAUAUAUUAGUUCCCUAUUCUCAUGAAGUAAUGGUAACACUUUCACCUCAGUAUAUAACAUCUCAAAAACAAUUAUGGAAUAUUGAGCCAGAAAAGAGACAAUGCUAUUUUAAUAAUGAACGAAAUUUAUAUUUCUUUAAAAUCUAUACACAAACUAAUUGUCAAGCAGAAUGUUUAACUAAUUAUACUAUAGCAAAGUGUGGCUGUGUUAAAUUUUGGAUGCCCAAACCCUUGGAUAUUCCUAUUUGUGAUCUUUCAAAAGUGACCUGUUACACCAAUGCCACCAAUGAAUUGGAAGUCUUAAUAGCCAAUCAAACAGCUCAAAAAGCUAAAGAUCCUACUGUAAAAAUAUUGUGUGAUUGCAUGCCUGCCUGCAAUUCAUUGGAAUAUAAUUUCGAAAUAAAUCGAGCAUAUUUUGAUACCGAUGCACUGGUUAAAGCAAUUCGUGGAGAUAGAUAUAAGAAGACUCGUAUAUCACGUCUAAACAUUCACUUUAGAGAAACACAAUUUACCGCCAUUAAACGUACUGUUCUAUACGAUCUUACGCAAUUAAUUGCUAAUUGUGGUGGAAUAUUCGCUCUAUUUAUGGGAGUUUCUAUGUUAAGUCUUAUCGAAUUAAUAUAUUUCUUUUCGGUACGUUUAGUUAAUAAUUUCCGUAAACGCAGACAGAUUCAAAAGAAAAUUAAACAAUUAGAAAUUUUGAAUAUUAAUUGAUUUUUUAAUAUUAAUUGAUUUAAUAAAUUAAUAACGAAGAUUUGAAUAUAUAGCUAAAGUGGUAAACCUAUUUGUAUGAGUUAAAGGUAUGUAUUGGAUGUAUAACAUAAAAAUGCCAUCUGGCAUACAUAGUAAUGUUAUUAUUCUCACAUAUCGUCCAGGUCAGUCAAAAACAUUAUGUCGAAUCGACAUCAAAGCUAAAUAAAUAUGUUGCUCUGCAUUUGGAGCGAUCAAAAGUGUAGCAGCUAACAUCUGGCCCAUUAUAGGGAACCGAAUGUAAAUAGCGCAUUAUUAUGUAUGUUAGAUACCCAAUACAUUACUGAAAUAUCUAUUUGCACAUUUGAAAUUAAUCAUAAAACUCUUUUACAAUGUAUUUCAUAAGUUAUUAUAAAAAUUGCUUAAUAAAAUUAAAUUUUCAAAAACUAAAAGAUCGCUAUUAAACCAUAUUUAUAACGAAAUUUAAAAAAAAAAAA